UCUCUCUCCAACAAAAUCCUUGGCUAUUCUCCGCUGAAGAACUUGCAACAUCUGCUUCUAUUCAGUGUCGGGCAACGAGAAUGUCUCGUGCUCCAAUACUCAUUAAGGAUCUGGUCAAGGGGAAUCAAAUUUGGAAGAUGCUGAUAAGGGUUAUUGAUGUGUGGGUUGUUAAGGAAAAAACAGGACAACAACACCUUGAGUUCAUCAUUCAAGAUGGAAAGGGUGAUCGGAUUCAUGCCACGACUAGGAGCAGAGACUUCCCAGAUUGGAUCAAACAAGUCAAAGAGCAUGACACCUAUUCCCUCUAUAAUGGAGAGCCUAUUAUCAAUGAUGGACCUUUCAAAGUGUGUUCUAACCCACUCAAACUUCUAUUUAACGGAGGUACAACCAUGACCAGUCUGGAGAUUCCAGAAAUUCCGAGACACAAAUACACCUUUCACCCUAUUGCAUAAUUUCUCAGUGGAAACU